AUGGAGGGCUUCAUCAACAAGGCUAAGGAGUUCGCCGGCUCCGACCAGGGCAAGGACCUGAUCAACCAGUUCUCGGGCAACAAGAACAACAACAACAACUCGUCCUCUGGCUUCGGCGGCAACAACAACGACGACUCCUACGGUUCCAGCUACGGCUCGUCGAACAACAACAGCAGCUACGGCAGCAACGACAACGACAACAACAACUCGUCGUCGUACGGCUCGUCGAACAACAACAGCAGCAGCUAUGGCAGCAACGACAACGACAACAACUCGUCGUCCUACGGCUCAUCGGGCCGCCGCAACAACGACGACGACAACUCGUACGGCAGUGGCAACAACAACUCCUCGUCGUACGGUUCGUCCGGCCGCAACAACGACAACGACAACUCGUACGGCAGCGGCAACAACAACUCGUCCUCUUACGGUAGCGGCAACAACAACUCGUCGUCGUACGGCAACAACAACGACAACGACUCUUACGGCUCGUCCGGCCGUGGCGGCAACAACUCGUCGUCGUACGGCAGCAACAACGACAACGACUCCUACGGCUCGUCUGGCCGCGGCGGCAACUCGGGCGGCUUUGGCAGCAGCAACGACAACGACUCGUACGGCUCCUCGGGCCGCGGCGGCAACAGCGGUGGCUACGGCGGUAGCAACGACAACGACUCCUACGGCUCCAGCGGCCGAGGCGGCUCGGGCUACGGCAACGACAACAGCGACUCGUACGGCUCGAGCAACAACAACAACAACGACUACUAA